CAACCGAACGCGGGGCAGAAGCCGUAGUCCGAAAACAUGUCGAACAUCGUCCUAGAUAAAGAUAACUUCUUCCGGCGGAUAAAGCGCUUCUAUGCGAACUGGAAGGAAGCGGAAUUCAGCCACGAUGACUCACUGUCGAAGGUGGACUGCAUCAUGACAGCCGUUGGCGUGGACGAGGAAUCGUUCUACAGUAAGUCAACGGCGCUGCAAACCUGGCUCUUCGGUUACGAGCUGACGGACACGAUCAGCGUCUUUUGCGACAACGCCAUCCUGUUUCUGACGAGCAAGAAAAAGAUCGAUUUUCUCAAGCAGAUUGAGAAGGACUCGGAGGAAGGUCUACCUCCGAUCCGCCUGCUCGUCCGCGAUAAGAACGAUAAAGAUAAAGCCAACUAUGAGAAGCUCCACGAGGCGAUGAAAGCGUCAAAGGGUGGCAAAUCGGUAGGCGUUUUCACGAAAGACAACUUCCCGGGCGAGUUCUGCGAGAACUGGCGUGCUUUUCUGAAGGACAAACAUUUCACCAACGUCGACAUUAGCGUCCCCGUCGGGUACAUCAUGUGCCCCAAGGAAGAUUCCGAGCUCCUGACGAUCAAGAAGGCCUGCCUAGUGACGAUCGACGUGUUUAACAAGUAUCUCAAAGAUCAGAUAAUGGAGAUUAUCGAUGCGGAUAAGAAAGUAAAACACGCAAAGCUCUCCGAAGGUGUCGAGUCAGCGCUGACCGAUAAGAAGUACGUUAGCGGCGUUGACAUGAACCAGCUCGACAUGUGCUAUCCGGCCAUCAUUCAAUCGGGCGGGAAUUACAGUCUCAAGUUCAGUGUGUUUAGCGACAAGAAUUAUCUGCACUUUGGUUCGAUCAUCUGUGCACUCGGAGCGCGGUACAAGUCGUACUGCUCGAACCUCGUUCGCACGCUCCUUGUCAACCCCACCGACACCAUCCAGAAGCACUACAACUUUCUGCUCAAUCUCGAGGAAGAGCUACUGAAGGGACUCAUCCCUGGCAAGCGGCUCUCGGAGGUGUACGAUUUGGGAUUGGAGUACGCGAAGAAAGAGGAACCGAAGCUGGUCGAUAAGCUGACGAAAACGUUCGGGUUUGCGACUGGUCUCGAAUUUCGUGAAAACUCAAUGACCAUUGGUCCAAAGUGUGCGGCCGUCUUGCGGAAGGGUAUGGUGUUUAGUCUCAACGUAGGCCUGGCGGCGUUGGACAACACGGAAGCGACGGACAAGGAGUCGAAAGUGUACGCCCUGUUCGUCGGCGAUACGGUGCUGGUGACGGACGAGUCGCCAGCGGCCGUCCUAACGCAGUCGAAGAAGAAGAUCAAAAACAUUGGCAUUUUUCUGAAGGACGAUGACGAUGAUGAUGAUGAAGGCGAGGAACAGGAAAAGGAAAAGGCUCCAGAAAUAUUGGGCCGCAGCGGCAAGCGCUCGACGGUGCUGGAGAGCAAGCUGCGCAAUGAACAGAGUUCGGAGGAGAAGCGAAAGCAACAUCAGAAGGAACUGGCGAUUGCGCUGAACGAAAAGGCGAAGGAACGGCUGGCGAAGCAAGGCGGUGGAAAGGAGGCGGAAAAGGUUCGUAAAUCGACCGUUUCCUACAGAAGCGUCAACCAGAUGCCACGUGAGGAUGAGGUGAAGCAACUAAAGUUGUACGUUGAUCGUAAAUAUGAAACGGUUAUUAUGCCGAUCUUCGGCGUGCCGGUCCCGUUUCACAUCUCAACAAUCAAAAAUAUAUCCCAGUCGGUGGAGGGUGACUACACCUAUCUGCGUAUAAACUUCUUUCAUCCCGGGGCAACCAUGGGUCGCAACGAGGCUGGCAUGUACCUUAACCCGGAGGCAACGUUCGUGAAGGAGGUUACCUACCGUUCAACAAACACAAAAGAGCCGGGAGAGAUAGCAGCUCCCUCGUCUAACCUGAACACCGCUUUCCGGCUAAUAAAGGAUGUACAAAAGCUCUUCAAGACACGCGAGGCGGAGGAACGUGAAAAGGAGGAUCUGGUAAAGCAGGACACCUUGGUGAUGUCACAGAACAAGGGCAACCCCAAGCUGAAGGAUCUCUACAUACGGCCGAACAUUGUUAGUAAGCGAAUGACCGGCUCGUUGGAGGCGCACGUCAACGGCUUCCGCUACACGUCCGUCCGGGGCGACAAGGUGGACAUUCUGUACAACAACAUCAAGAGCGGGUUCUUUCAACCGUGCGACGGCGAGAUGAUUAUCCUGUUGCACUUCCACCUAAAGCACGCGAUCAUGUUCGGCAAAAAGAAACACCUGGACGUGCAGUUCUACACCGAAGUGGGCGAAAUUACGACCGAUCUUGGCAAACACCAGCAUAUGCACGACCGAGACGAUCUCGCGGCGGAACAGGCCGAGCGCGAGCUGCGCCACAAACUGCGAACAGCGUUCAAAAGUUUCUGCGAGAAGGUGGAAGCGAUGACGAAGCAGCAGAUCGAGUUCGACACGCCGUUCCGAGAGCUUGGUUUCCCGGGCGCACCGUUCCGUAGCACCGUGCUGCUGCAGCCAACGUCCGGAAGCUUGGUGAAUCUUACCGAAUGGCCACCGUUCGUGAUUACGCUCGAGGACGUCGAGCUGGUGCACUUUGAACGCGUCCAAUUCCAUCUGCGAAACUUCGAUAUGAUAUUUGUAUUCAAGAACUAUCAGCAAAAAAUUGCGAUGGUCAACGCGAUACCGAUGAACAUGUUGGAUCAUGUGAAGGAAUGGUUAAAUUCGUGUGACAUUCGCUACUCGGAGGGUAUACAAUCGCUGAAUUGGGCAAAAAUUAUGAAAACGAUCACUGACGAUCCAGAGGGUUUCUUCGAUAAUGGUGGCUGGACGUUCCUCGAUCCGGAGUCAGAAGGCGAAGCCGAUCCGAACAGCGAGACGGAGGACGAGGAAGACGAUGCGUACGAACCGACGGAUGAUGAUGAUGAGGAAGAAUCGGACUCCGAGGAUUAUUCCGAAGCAUCGGAGGACGACGACAGUGGCAGUGAAGAAGAUUUGGGUUCCGACGAGGAAUCUGGCAAGGAUUGGUCCGAUCUGGAGCGAGAAGCGGCUGAAGAAGAUCGAAACCGCGAGAAUGAUGGCUACGAUGAUCGGGGACCGUCAAAGAAACGUUCCCACCACAGCUCUUCAAAGCACAGCAGCAGAGACAAGAAUCACAAGGACAAACAUAACGAUAAGCACCGGAGUAGCAGCAGUAGCAAGCACGAUCGGCACAGCAGCAGCAAACGCUCCCGAGAUGAGAGCCGAGACAGUGGCCAUCAUCACAAGAGCAAAAAAUCGCGAAAGUAAGCUUCCAGGGCGUCACAAAGCUAGGAGAGCGAUUUCAGUGAUUGCCACCUGGUGCGGGUUGCUACCUUAUGUCUGCAAAUCAACCUUUUAAGACCGUAAGCAGAGUGUCCUCGGUCCGAGUAUACGAUCGUUCUCGCUGUUUGUCUACGACUUUUUAGUUUUCCUGAUUUUAUUCAUCCGUCGUUAAGAGCCGGCUAGUCCACUCCGUUUGGCAAAGCACAAUGCUGAGCAAGUGGCUUCACAGGGGAUUGUAAUUGUUUGUAGAACAGGUCAUGAGCAGCAGGAUCUAGCUCGUGUGUUCCUGUGCUGUGUCUAUGUUGCCAAUCGAAGUAUUUCACAGUUCGUCAUCAUUCUGUCACGUUUCCAUUUGGUGUUCGUAAUCGCGGAUAUUCCAUUGUUACAAUAGCUGCAUACUGGCUUGGUUUGUGGAGCAAAAUCAAUCAUACCCGUGUACAUCCAGCCAAGCAAAGCGAUCGAAGCAUGAAGUAAAACUGCCAAUGGUGGUAAAUUGGUUCGCAAAGAAAGUAAGAAUAUGUAACGGUCGAGAACUGGUAGAUUAUAUGAUCACAUAUUUGAACAUUA